GGGGAAGGGCUGGAGCACAGUCUCUCACACUCACACCGUUUUAGCAGUCAAUGGUGAACCUGGCAAAAGGAGGAGGAGGAGGACUUGGAUGAAGGGGGGUCUAUUUGGUCUCCACUGGGAAACUACCGCCUCUCUAGACGGCCAAAAAGUCAGAGGCUGAAUAAGGAAAUGAAGCGUAAUUUGAGGAAGAUGGAUGAGCCCCCAGGGAAACACCCCCUUUCAUUCCUCUCUUGUAUUGCAGAUGAUAACCAAUGCUCUCUCUUUCUUUCUCUCUCUCUCUCUCUCUCUCUCUCACACACACACACACAUCCAACCACACACACACAGAGGGAGGAGUUGCAGAGUGAGAGAGGAGAGGUAGAUAGAUAGAGAGAGCGUGUGUUUAUGUCUCAGUGUGGUGACAAAUAAGAGGAAAAAAAGGUACUGGUGUGGCACACAACAAAGCUCCCAGACAGACUAAACCAUAUAGAGGCGCAGAGAUCCGGACAAGAAGAAGAAGUAGUCCACUACCAGGGAUGACAACACGGAUCUACUUUCAAUCCGCUCUGAAACUGAACCACUGAAAAGUUUUACGCGCAGCCGAGGAGAGAGGAGAGGACACCUUUUCCAAGUUUCCACCAAAUAAAAAACAACCAUGCAGAGACCAGGCGUCCAAGGGACUGCGUUUUCUAUCGAAUCCCUUAUCGGGACUCCUCAGCCCAGACCGGGACACCUGCUCUACACGGGUUAUCCCAUGUUCAUGCCGUACAGACCGCUGGUUAUCCCGCAGGCUUUAUCACACUCGCCUCUAUCGUCCGGUAUACCUCCACUGGCGCCUCUGGCUUCUUUCGCCGGGCGGCUCACCAACACCUUCUGCGCCAGUCUGGGUCAGGGGGUUCCGUCCAUGGUGGCUCUCACCACGUCCAUGCCCAGUUUCUCGGAUCCUCCGGACAGUUUCUACCCGCCACAAGAACUCCCAGGUCCGCGUUUGAGCGCCGCAAUAGAGAGCGUAGCGAGGAGGCAGCAGCAGGAGAGUCCGCACUCCGACGAGCUGCACAGCCGAGAGAAGAGCUCCGAUCUGCUCAACUUCUCGGAAACUUUUCAAACAAUAUCAGGUGAGACCAAACUGUACAGCUCAGACGACGAGAAGCUGGACCUGAAGUCAGCAGACACGGUGUGCAGCGACCGAGAGGACAGCUCGGCAGACAGCGAGAACGAGAGUUUCUCUGACGGGAACAACUGUGGCUCUCUGUCCCAGAAGAGCAAGCUAAAGACGGGCUCUCAGGAGGCGCUGCCGACCGGUGGCUCGGCUGGGAAGAGCCGGAGGAGACGGACAGCUUUCACCAGCGAGCAGCUGCUGGAACUGGAAAAGGAGUUUCACUGUAAAAAGUACCUCUCUCUGACUGAGCGCUCGCAGAUCGCACACGCACUGAAACUGAGCGAGGUGCAGGUGAAGAUCUGGUUUCAGAACCGCAGGGCCAAGUGGAAACGGAUCAAAGCCGGAAACGUGAACAACCGGUCAGGAGAACCGGUGAGAAACCCCAAAAUAGUGGUCCCCAUUCCGGUGCACGUCAACAGGUUCGCUGUGAGGAGUCAGCACCAACAAAUAGAACAAGGGACCAGGCCAUGAACUCUCAUAUGAAUAAUAAUAAUAAUAAAAAAAAAAACACUUAAACUGACUUUUAUCUUCCUGAUACUGAUUCGUUGAACGCAUGAAGCACAAAAAAGGAGGAUUCAUUAUUUUGUCAGACCGAGCAGAAGGAGACAGAUCAAUUAUUCCGCAAUAUGCUGUCAUUUUUAUUUAUUGCUCUGUGAAUAUGUAAAUAUAAAUGGGUAACAAAUGGGCACUAUGAAGAUGAGACUGUAAAGAUUUUUCUAAGUAUUUAUAUGUAGGGGCCAAAAUGUUCUGUUCAUGUGCAUGUUCCUCAUUUUGGUGAUUUUUUUUUUUUUUUGGUUUUGUGUUUUCGUACAAUUUGUUGACCACAUUUUGCAUGUAAGAUGUUUUACAUUUUGUUUUUGGAAACCACCUUUUGACAGCUAUUUGUGGAGAAGAAAAAAAAAAGAAAAGAUGUGAAGGAAAUAAUGACCAAACAAGGGACAAACUGUAAAGUAUAUUGACCUAAUAAAUCGCUUUAUACGAAAA